AUGCCUACAACCCCGGGGCCACCGGGGGGAGCAGGAGGAGCAGCUGGAGUUUACUCUCCUAACGCAGGUGGACGGAGACCCAACAACGUCAACACGCUCUUCCCUGUGACCGUGCGGGAGAUCGCCAACGCUGGAGUGCGCGACACGACGGAAAACUCGCUCUUCAUCAACGGUCACGAUGCGACAAACAUGGUGCUUGUAGGCAAGGUGGCGAGGCGCGACGACCACGAGACGGACGUGUCGAUCGUGCUGGACGAUAGCACGGGCAAGAUUGAAGUGCGCCGAUGGAUUGACCGUGACACUAACGAGUUGGCUACCUUGGAGACCGUGCGCCCUGGAGCGUACGUUCGAGUGCAUGGCCACGUGAGGCUGCAGAACAACAAGCGAUACGUCAUCGCACAUGCUGUCAGGCCUGUCACGGAUUUCAACGAGGUCACAUUCCAUUUCCUGGAUGCCAUUUUCGUGUACCUGCAUACUCGCAAGACGGGAGGAGGAGCCGAUGGUACCGAGGCAUCACCCAAUCAGCCACCACAGCGGCCACAACAGCCUGCUUACAACCAGUGUGAAAGUAGUCUUUCUGCUCUUUAUCCAUCCACAUGUCUUUUCACUCUCUGCAGGAACAUUCAACAAGGCAUUCACCACCAACAAGUUGCUCAAAGCAUGCCUGAUGUGUCUCCCCAGGAGAUCCGGAGCACUGUGGAGUUUUUGGUCAUGGAGGGGCUACUGUAUUCAACAAUUGACGAAGAUCAUUUUAGAUCCACAAAUGCAUGA